AUGACAAAGUAUUUUCAACAGAAGUGCUUCAGAUACUUUGAAGUUGGUGUUCGCAAAAACACAUCUGCAGAAAUGAAUGAUCCUGCAAUGUACUUUUAUGAUAAGUACAAGUAUGAUCUUAUUUAUGCAGGUCUAAACGUAGAUUAUGUUCUCAAGUUUCUCAUGGAUCAAGAGAGAACUGCAGCAGGCAAUCUGCGCACCAAGGCAGAUAUGCAAAAGUUUCGAGAUGCUAUCAAGUGGGGUGCCCAAAUCCGUGGCAAAGCACUGUCCCAAGAGUGCUGGGACAAAUUUGAUCUUUAUCUUUUCUCCUACAAGCGACAGGUUGCAGCUGGGAAGGGGAAUGGGGAUGUCCAAACAAAGGAGGCAGACCCAAUCACAAAAGAGCUUUACAUGUUAAUUUGCAAGUGGGCGUCUGAAGAUGGCAAUACAAUGGUAGACUUUUGGACAAAGACCCAGUGGAACUGCAUGAGCCGUUGUGGCAACAUUGACUACCUUGGAUUCAGCAACUUCAGAAUUGUUUUGGAUGCACAUGCUGUUACACAUGACACUACAAAAAAGGAUAAAGAUGGCGAUAGAUGUUUUGCUAAACACAUUUAUGCAAAUCAUGAGUAUCACUAUUUGUGCCAGUGGACAGCCAUGGGGCACUUCAAUGCUUACGGUUUGCGGAAAGGAGCCGCAAGCUAUGCAAGCUCAGGAACCACAUGUGCCCCGUCCCUUUCUUCUAUUACACACCGUGGUGAUUGGUCAAUGGGCUCCGUCUUUGACAUAUACUGGAGAUUUUUGCCAGUUGGCAAUCAUUACUUGGGCCAGAUACUAUCAGGAAAGGACCCAAUGAAACCAUCAUUCAAGACCUUACCUCCACAUUGGAAAAUGGCAAAUCCGAUGGGCCACCCACUGAUCCGCGAAGUCAUGAGCGCCAACUUUGGUCCCAUCUUAAAAACACAUAGUGAAGCGGACUAUGAUCGUACAGGUUUGUUGUUGCGUUGCCUAUGGCAUGCCAAGUCGUUCCAGGAGUACAUUGCCCAUAACCCAAGCAACGAACUUGUCAAGGUUCCAUUCUACAACAUGAGAGGAUCAGAAAUUGACGCAUUGCAACAGCUUAUCACUGUUGAACCAACUCCCGAUGUCAUGACCACUGUUACUGGCGUCCCGCCACACAUUGAAACAACUUGCCAAAUGAAGGCAAUUCAUGACAACUUAAUACAGUUACUUGCACAAACAAGAAUCAGUGAGGACAACCAGAAGCAGCGCGACGAGCAAUUGAAGGCAGACCUUGUUGCGGCUGUUCACCAUGGAAUAGAGCAGAAUGCAAUUUCGAACGGCAACAUUACUGCAAAAGGUAUCAAUGACAUCAUUCAAAAGCACCAAGACGCAACAAAUAAACAACUUACCGAACAUUUGCAAGCAAUGCUUAGGAGCCUGCCUCCUCAGUUCCAAGGUGGUCAGCCAGCUCAGAUUCCGCCACCUGGAAAUCAAGUUCAGCAAGGGGGUGGAUUGUUGCUUCAAAAGCCUGAUCAAGGAAAAUACUUUUACACCGAAAGGUUCUGGUCCGUUCCGGAAGGCUUUGAGUUCCCUCCAAAGCCAAACCUUCCCCAAGCGCUUCGAUGCUGGCUCAAGGGUAUAAGGAAGGUAUCGCCGUCAGAAAUUGUUAAGAAUGGAAAUCCGUCAGAUAAAACUUACUUGGAAUCGAGGCAGAAGGCAAAACCUGCCGCACGACAGUAUAAAAAUCGAGUCCGACCGCUGGCUAAAAAUCCAAAGUACCUCAGAAGAGGAAAGCAAAAGACAACAGCAAAUGCAACGAAUCCAGCAAGAUUGCAACAGGCAACAAUUCAUGCAGGAGCGGGUAUCUUGCUUGAGCCGAUAGACCACUCACCUCGUGUCUUGAAUUCGACUCGAUAUUCAAUUGAAGCAAAUGCAGAACAGGAUCGAAUGAUGGAAGAGUAUGGUGUUGGUCGUGGUCCAACUGGGCCUCCAGCUGUUGCCAUCGGACAUCACGACCAAACAUCACCCACAUAUCUUCAAGAACUCAUUGACAGAUUUGGAAUCAGGCAUCCAUAUCCGCCAAUAUCAGUUCCAGGACCACUAGGACCAUGUGCUUGUGCCGGUUGCUCCAAAGAGUUGGAACUUGGGCGACACCGAUGUGCCCGAUGCAACAUCGUCAUUCACAAUAACUGUGCGAUGGAUCGAAAUUGGUACAUGCAAAAGAAUGGUGAGGAAAUGUGUUUUUGUAGUGAUCAGUGCAAAAAGAAUCUUCCCGGUGGAAGAUACUUGUAG